UUUCAACAAUUCCAACUCUCACCGUUUGAUACCAGCACUCAUCCACAACACCCACAUCCAACCAAUUUUCUCUUCUCAAUUUCUCUCCACAGAACCCUUUUCACGUUCAAGCACUUCCAAAAUGUCUGACGACGAGCCCGACCUCGAAUUGCUCGCCCUGCUCCGGCAGCACCUGCAGGGCAAACUCAACCUCAAUGAGGAGCCCGAGACAGGCGUGCUCGAAGGGGCAGAGUAUGUCUACGACAACUCUAUCGACGUUGCAUUAGACAUGCGCUCCUGCAAGAACGCGGCCGCGGCCAUCUACGCGCAGAUGCAGCAGAAGCAGUUCUCGUCCGCCAGUUGGUCGUCCCACGAGCUGCAUCCCGACCGGUUCGACAUGGGGGACGAGGGCACCGUCGCCUUCAUCUUUACCAUGGAUCUGCUCAAUUUCUCUUUCUGGUCCGAGAAGUCCGAGGCGGAGCGGUUUGCGGUCGAGUACCGCGGCAAGCGGUGGACGGGGUACUGGAGCCUCGUGGCUGGGCUGCAACGCGCGUUGGAGGAAGGCAUUCCCAUUACGGACUCGCAUUUCUGGCAGAAUGAAGAGGAAUGCACCUUGGACGUCCUGAAGAAGGUCUUCAGGUCGUGCACUGACGAGGAGAUGCCGCUGCUGGCUGAGCGGCUGGCCUGUCUACGUGAGGCCGGACAGGUGCUGUACGAGAAAUACAAAUGUGACCCUAUAAACCUGCUGGACGCGGCAGACGGGUCCGCUGCCGGUUUGGUCAACCUGCUGGCUCGGGACUUCAAGUGCUUCCGCGAUGAGCAUACCUUCGAGGGCCGGCGGAAGCCAAUCCGCUUCCUCAAACGGGCACAAAUCUUGGUCGCCGAUCUCUGGGCUUGUUUCGAGGGCGAGGACUACGGAGAGUUCCGAGAUAUCGACAAGAUUACCAUGUUUGCAGACUACCGCGUGCCCCAGAUCCUAUACAACAUGGGGUGUAUUUACUACAGCCCUCCGUUGGACCAAGCAAUACGAUCCAAAAAGGACAUCCCGCAAGGGGGGAGCUGGGAGAUGCAGCUACGAGCCUGUAGUAUCUGGUGCGUAGAGCUGCUGCGCAGGGAGAUCCUCAAACAGAACCCCAAAAGCCAAAUCAAUGCCAUCCUCCUGGACUUCUUCCUGUACGAUACGAUAAAAGAAAUGGAAGAGGCAGGAAAGGAGAUCACCCCGCAUCACCAGACAAGGAGUAUCUGGUACUGAAUCAUGUUGGGUAGAUGUUCGAGAAGAACUGGUUGCGAGCCAGAGUAAUAGCAAAGGUAUCUAGCAGGGAUAGAGCUAGCUAGACAAAUCCCCCAGGUUAGAGGUCACAAGCAAAAAUAGACAAAUCGUUCCCUUCCCCCAACUCCCCAACUCCGCCUUCCAAGCAAUCAUGGCCACUGUACAAACCCUGCAAAUUCCGCGCGGCGCUCCCACUCGC